AAUGAGCGUUAAGUCAGAGCCCCGCCUCCACGUUUUGCAUUUGAAACUAUUUCUGAAGGUUUUCAAAUCAGAAGAUUCUGAAGUCGAGAACGAAGAUGGUGUCACCAUACGAAGAGGAUUCCAGGCCACCAUAUAUGUCUUCUUACGCAGAAGAAACAUGGGGUCAGCCAGCAACUACAAAUCGUAAAUCUUCUUACACAUCAAGAAAGAAGGAAUAUUCAUUGCUGACAAAAUGUGUUGCAGAGUUUCUCGGGGACCUUACAUUUGUAUAUGUCGGUACAAUGCAAGCAAGUUUAUUCCAAUAUGCCGAUGGAAUUCUUCACGCAGCCUUUGCACACGGAUUCACUAUUUUCAUUCUUGUCACUGCCUUCGGUCAUAUCAGUGGUGGUCAUUUCAACCCUGCAGUGUCAUGGGCGAUCGCUGGAGCUGGAAAGAUGCCAAUUUUCCACCUUCCAUUUUACGUCGUAUCUCAACUUCUCGGAGGAAUCUGUGGAGCAUUUCUGACAGCAGCAGUUUUAUCCCAAGAACAGCUAACAAGUUGCGAAGCCGGAGCAACAUUACUUUCUCCAGGCAGUCAAUGGUGGCAGGGAUUAAUUGCUGAAACUGUGGUUACUUUCUUCUUGGUUCACACUAUUCUGAUCACUGCAGCUGAUACUGAUACAGUAACAUUAGCCCCUCUGGCAAUUGGUCUCACGCUGUCGAUUGAUAUUCUUUCAACUGGAUCCAUCACCGGCGCCUCGAUGAACCCAGCUCGAUCACUGGGUCCAAGCAUUAUUGGUUCGAUUUUUGCAACUCAAAAAACAUCUUUUUACUGGAAUAAUCAUUAUAUAUAUUGGGCUGGACCACUUCUUGGAUCCACAAUAGCUCUUUGCAUUUACAAACUUUUCGAAUCACGAGAAGAACGUAUCGUGCGAUGAACACGCUAAAUUCAUUACGUUUUGACAUUUACCUGUGGUAUUUAUUUUUUAUUCCCUUUUCAAAUUCAUAUUAUUUCUCAUCUUUUCUUUCGAAUCGAAUAAAUCGAAAUCUUUUAUUUCAAUUCAUUGUCGUUAUGGGUGAAACAACAUCUAUCAACU